AUGGACUCUCUCCUCUCUCUAACACCCACACUCCCGCCAUUCCAUUGCAACCCUCUCUUCCCCUCCCUCUCUCUCUUCGCGCCUCCGUCACAGAGAAAACUUGUUCAAACCGUCAAAAAGGUAAGCGCUUUUCAGCCCCGUAACGGCAAUCACAGUUGCUUGCAGAACGAGGGGUUGGGCGUCGCUCUGCUGAGCAGCAUCACCGCCAACGCCAAGCUUCGGAUUAGUCCCUUCGUCGCCACGUUGGCGGCGAACCCCACCUUUGUUUCGGGGCUGCUAGCGUGGUUCAUAGCGCAGUCCGUUAAGGUGUUCCUAAAUUUCUUCUUCGACCGGAAAUGGGAUUUCAGGCUCCUGUUUGCGUCCGGGGGAAUGCCCUCUUCGCACUCCGCCCUCUGCACCGCCCUCACCACCUCCGUCGCCAUCUGCCACGGCGUCGCCGAUUCCCUCUUUCCGGUGUGUUUGGGAUUCAGUCUUAUUGUCAUGUAUGAUGCGAUUGGCGUUAGAAGACAUGCUGGCAUGCAAGCUCAGGUGCUUAAUUUGAUUGUAGCUGACCUGUUUCAAGGGCAUCCAAUGAGUGAAAGGAAGCUGAAGGAACUUCUUGGUCACACUCCAUCUCAAGUCUUUGCUGGUGCUCUGCUUGGCUUUUUGGUAGCUUGUCUCUGUUGUCAGGCUUGUGUAGGGGGAGCUUAG